UUCCACUCUAGUCUGACAUGCUUCUUUAGUCAUUCUUGUCCUUGUGCUCAAAACAGCUGACUCUGAUAAGUGCUCUGAGGUCGCUUGAAAUAUGGCAAAAUACAAGUCUGACACAUCAACUCAGGUCUAUGAAUUUGAUAAUGAAACGUCAAUGACUUAUACACCUCCAUGUAACACAGAUGACAUUAAUAAUUUUGGUAAAAAUUUUCUUCCACUGUUCUACUCUGCCAUCUUCACCAUUAGCAUAUUAGGCAAUGGAUUGGUACUGUACAUCUUAUAUAAGUUUGAAAAUCUCAGAGCCAUCACUAACAUAUUCCUCAUCAACCUGGUGGCUUCUAACCUGAUUGUCAUCUUCAGUCUUCCGUUUCAAGCUGUUUACCAUUACCAUGAGUGGAUCUUUGGCAGUGUAGCCUGCAAAAUGGUGGGCGGUGCCUACUUCUUGGGCAUCUACAGCUCAGUCCUCUUCCUCACGCUAAUAACUUUGGACCGGUACCAGGCUGUAGUUCAUGCUGUGGCUGCCACAAAGCGUCGGCACAGCUGCUAUGCCUUCACCAUGUCUGCCAUUGUCUGGAGUGUCUGUGGCAUCGCUAGCUUGGAGGCCUUUUUCAGUCACGAUACAGAGGAUGACCUAUUUCUGGGGAUCACCUGUGGCAAAACCAGUGACUCCAAGGUCCUUGGCACCUACCCUCAGUUUGUGAUAUUUUUUAUCUUCCCAUUGGCUGUCACCCUGUAUUGCUACAUCAGGAUUGGUGUAGUGGUGAUCUUAUCCCGGAUGAAGGGCAAACACAGGACUGUUAAGAUUAUUUUUGUCAUUGUGGUGUUAUUUUUCAUGUGCUGGACCCCAUACAAUGUGGUAUUAAUAAUGAAAGAGCAUAACAGUGGUGACAAUUGUGAUGACAGUCUUAUUUACGUACAGUAUAUCACUCACAACAUUGCUCACUUGUACUUCUGUGUCAACCCUGUAUUCUAUACUUUUGUGGGUAGAAAAUUCCAGACUCAUGUUCGUCGGCUGCUGGUGAAUCAGGUGCCAUGUUUAACAAGUCAUAUGACUGUCACCACAAACAGCAGAUCAUUUUCUUAGAUGAUUCCUUAGCCUAUAUGUGACUAGACCAGAGAUGGCACUGUAAUCUAAAUUAAUGCAUUAUUAUUUCCUAAGUAAGAACUUCAUAGUAUAUGGACACAGAAUGAGUGCAGACUUUGAGCACAUUGACAGAGAA